CCCCCCCCCCCGCCCGAGCAAGGAGAGAUGAAUCCCCGCCACCGCCAGCACCAAACGGGCUACGCCCGACGGUGCGAACGGGCAGCGGCGAGGGAGGAGAUGGAGGGAGGGGUCCCCGGCCGGCGGCGCCCUAGGGUUUCCCCUCGGUCGCCCGCGGGGACGACACGGGAGGAGGAGGGGAGUCUGUGUUGUGUUCUCUCUCUUUCUCUCUCUCUCUCUCUCUCUCUCUCUUGCAAUACUACACUAGGGUACCAUACUUGAGUUCAGAUAUGCUACAUGGCAGAAACGGUUGUUUUUCAAUUUUCUGUAGUAUUUAUCGUGAUGAAACAUGCCAUGUUUGUUCUCUUAUAUUUGGCACAAAAUCAACUGUGGACAGCCUAAGCUCAUAAUUAUCACGUACCAUGCUAGGAAGGAUCCAAUCCAGUUGGCAUAUAAAACUCCAGUAAAAUGCAAGAUAAAGGAAAUUUCGUUAGUUUUGAUCACCUGGGAGGUUGUUUUAUUCUAGGGUGAAAAAAGAUUCAUGAUUUUUUUUUCUGAACCAAGUAGCAUAUCAGGUAGGAAGGUGAAUGCUCUAUUGAAUAUUGAUAACAAUACGGGAAAACAUUACUAUGGAUUGGUUUCGGGAAAAAGAAUCUGUCUCUAUGGAUUGUUAGGCUUGGAUCAAUAUGCCAUGCACGACUUGAUUUGUCUUAACAUCUCUUUAGAAGAAACAUUAUCAGAUAAAGAGAGUCCAUUGGUUGUCAUUUCAUAAUCAUAAGAGUCCAUUAAAUUUGUGGCCAACACCUUUUUUUUUGGAAUUUUCUAUUUAGAUGAAUGUGGAGAUUUUGUAAUACUAUACGAGUGUAGCAAGUCUUGAGUACAUAUAUGCUAAAUGGCAUAACAUACAUUUUCAGUUUUCUGUAGUAAUUUGGCUCAGUGUGGAACGGAAUCAACGGAUUAUACUCAUAAUUAUCAUCUACCAUUGUCAUAUCCUUACUGAGGAUUUCUCGCUCAGAUUUCGGAUCGAGAAGGGGAUACUUGGGGAAGAAGAAGAAACCAGAGAGAUAGGAGGUAGGAGGUGAUGUGAGCUAUUUCAUUUAGUCGCUGCCAAAUCCAGCCAACGGUCUAGCUUAUAUAUAGCUCGUACAUUUUCACACACUCAGCCCACCAGGCCCUCACACUUACAUGGCUGAAAGCCCAAAUGAACAAGACACUCUCAGAUGGCCCACUUGUUAUUCAAACAUUUCCCUUGGUGCCGCUCUCGGCCUCCUUUAGCUUCCUAUUCCCUGGUUCUGCAGCUGUCAGGGUGUAAUCAAAUUGUUAUAUGUGCUCCCAUAAAAAGCAAGAGACGUGGAAAAUUGGUAGUUUUGAUCACCUUGCAGGUUGUUUUGUUAAGGUGGAAAAAUUGUAUCGGGUUCCUACCUGCACGGCAUGUUGAAUGCUAAAUAGAAUCAUGUGCAUGCAUUAGUUUCCGCAAAAUAACUCAACUUAUAUGCAUUGGUAGUUUGGACUUUGGACCAAUAUGGAACUGUGGCCAUGAUAUUGUCUUGAGAAUUAGGCAAAUAGUAAAUCCAUUAUGUGUCGAAUGUAGUGCAGCUGUAGCUCUUUUAUUCUCAUAUAGAAGUUCACCCUGACGAUCGUCAAAAUUACUAUGAAUUCAAUUUUUCUGUGAAGAGACUUAUCAUUUUCACUAUCUAUUCCUGAUCUGUUUCUAUGUAUUUCCGUAAAAUGGUUCACAAGGUAUCAGAAUGAAAGUGAAGGGACUAAUUAGUGAAGUUGUAACUAACCACUAGAUUUUACUCCCUCCGUCCCAAAAUAAGCAUCUCAAUUUUGUACUAACUUUAGUACAAAGUUGCACUGAAGUUAAGACACUUAUUUUGGGAUGGAGGGAGUACUUAUUUCACAUUCUCUCUCUUUGCAUACAGAUGGCCAUGGGGCUCAAAUUUUCUAAAUUUGUUGGUUCCUGCGGUUAUGCCUCAAGGAUAUUAAUUUCAGAUGGCUGAAGUGUUUUGUUUGACAGAGAAUGUGCUUCAGUAUUAGUGAGUGUCUACCUCUUUCCCAGUUAACCCUCUUCUUUUCAUAGGAUUUCAUGAAAGUUAAUACCUUGCUGUAAAAAUUGUAGAAUGAUCAUAUUUUUUAUUUGUAUCCAGGGACUAAUUUAGGAUCUCUCAUGUCUUAUGUUAGUUGAUUAAUACGGUGAUUUUUAUGAAAAAACUAGCAUCUUAGGCACCUUAAUUUGUGUUCUUCCUCAGCUUUCGAGAAGUUUCUGGGCCCGUCACUGUUUGCAUCCCUAUGAUUUAUUUUUUUAGAGACUCCCUAGAAAAUUUAAUGGUUAUCGAAUAAAAAGAAAAAGAUCUAACCAUCUAUCUGGUGGACGCAAGUUUUAACGGCUUGAAUUUAAUCUGGACUACUAAUCUACAACAAAAUAAGAGGCGUAUGUAAAAUAAGGAGAUUGAUAUAAUUUGGUGUGUGAUGCCAGAAUAAAGUUACUAAAUUUAUAUAAUUUGGUACGUUCUGACAUUUUUUUACUAAAUUAUAGUAUUUGUUCUCAGAAGUGCACUGUUGUUCUUUAGGCUCAGACACUAUUGACAGAAUAAAGUUCAUUUUGUUUGAUUUAUAUUGCAAUUAAGAAGGAUGUUGGGUUUGCCAACCAAUGUUGCUGGUAUGUAGAUUUAUGUUUUACCACCAUAUGGUCCAUUUUAUGGUAUAUAAAGAUUUUUAGUUGUCUAGAUUUCUUAAGUGUAUUUUAUGUUGGCUUAAUAAGGUUUGUUACAGCAAAUGUGAUUCUUUUGUAUUAUCAGUAUGCAAUUUUUUCUAUUUAAAUUUUCCAUUGUAUAAGCAUACCUACUCAUUUAGUUUACAUCAGACAUUUCUACCCUGACUAUGGGCUGCUUAAACUAACAUGAGUUUCCUUUCUACAAAUAUUUAUAUAUUUAAGUGUGUUUAGCACAUUGUUUGUUUAUAAUAACUGUGGGCAUGUACUAGGGAGAAUUUGCAUAGGAUAACAACAUAUAUUGAUACUGAUAUUGUUAUGACCGGCAUAUUAGGGGCUUAGCCCAGUUAGUUGUGGCCCAGUUUAUCUUAUUGUUAUUAGGGGCUUAGCCCAAUUAUCUUAUUAGCAGGAUUAUAUAAACUCGUGUAAGGACCCGUUUUGGGAGCCGGGAGACCUAACCCCUGCGCUCUCUCUCUCUCGCGCGCGCGCACGCAAUGACGGCGCCCCAGCGCCGGCGGCCACGCCUUUCUCAACGCCAUCCCUCCUUCCACCCUACAACCUGAGACCAUGCCCUGGUAGGGAUCCGGUUCCUACCAGAUAUACUCCCUCCGUUCAUAAUUAUAAGACCUUUUAGAGAUUUCAACAUGAACUACAUACGGAGCAAAACGAGUGAAUCUAUACUCUAAAAUAUGUCUGUAUACGUCCGUAUUGAAAUCUCUAAAAGGUCUUAUAUUUAGAAACGGAGGGAGUAGAAUUUACUUAGCUUCUAUCCAUUUCCCUUUAUUCAGCCACCCGUAUCACAUUCUUAUGAGUAAGCAUGGUUUGUAAAUACAAGUGUUCACAAAAAUAUUAAUGAUCGUGUCGUUUUUCAGGAAUUGCAAUGGACCAAAUUGUUGUCCAAGGCCUGGAUUCAAAACAUGUAGCUGUAAUGCUAAUCAAUCAUCAUCAUUGCUUAUCAGUCGUAAUCAAUUCCUACUUUUUUUAACUUUCUCCUUUUUGGAAAAAGCGGAAGCAUUAUCAGUCAACUGAAAAGAGUAUGUUAUAAGUACAAUGAAAUCUGGGAAAAGAACUAUGGUAAUUCUUUCUCUUCUAUUUGACCGUCAUACAAUCUAACUCGCAACAAAUUGGAGGAAAGUAAUUUAUUUUUCCCUACAUUUAUUUCUAUAAGCAAGAAUUUCACGCACUUUUCCCCUUCCCAAACCCUCAGUGGCGGAGCCAGGAAUAUAGUAUGAGGAGGGCCAAGUGUAGUAAAUCCCUGCAAGGGAGGGCCAGCUCAUAAGAAUACAUCAUUUUUGCAACCAUUGUACAUCUAUUAGCAUGCAUAUUAGGCUUAAUACAACAAUCUUAGGGGGGGGGGGGGCCAGGGCCCCUGCUGGUCCCCCUGUCUCCGCCACUGCAAACCCUAGAGUUCGGGACACUGAUCCCCAAGCCAAGGAGUCGAUGCCGCCAGGAGGAGGAGGAGGUGAGCAUGGCUGCACGGAGCAGGACCAUCCAUUGGCGACCGGUCGCCGUGACGAGGGCGCUCCGUCCUAUCCUAUGCCGCCGCCUCCCCUCAUUGUUCUGAAGAAGAAGAAGAAGAAGAAGAAGCACGAGCAGGAGCAGGAGCACGAGAAACACCCUGCUGGGAGCCUUCCUGAGGGCCCCCUUGUCGAGAUCCUGUCCCGGGUGCCCUACAAGUCACUGUGCUGCUUCAAGUGUGUGUCCAAGCCGUGGCUUGCCCUCUGCUCUGACCCCGACAUCCGCAAGAGGUCACCCAAGACCAUGGUAGAUUUCUUCCUCCGCAACUAUGGCAUCGGCCCCUGUUUCAUUAACUUGUCUGGAAGAGGCCAGCCCCUGGUCGACCCUUCUCUCUCUUUCUUGCGUGAGAGCUUUACACUUCUCAUCCCCCAGCAGUGCUGCGGUGGCCUUGUUCUCUGCAAAUACUGGGAAUCACGUUAUGUUGAGGAAUUUGAGUACAAUCUUGUCGUGUGCAAUCCUGCGACCAAGAAGUGGGCCGAGCUGCCUCCUAAUCCUAUACAAUUGCAAGACGAAGACGAAGAAGAAGUCGAAGAAUAUUUGUGUUUCGAUCCAGCUGUCCCCUCCCGUUUCGUGGUACUCACACACACUUGGGAUUUCACAGAAGUGGCAAUCUACUCAUCAGACACUGGACGAUGGACUACGGUGGAGACUGGUUGGACUGAUGAGGCUCCUGUUGGUCUUCCUGUCUUCCUGAAUGGUACUUUGCAUUUGAUGACCACUGAAUAUUCAAUAGUCACAGUAGACACAGAGGGGAAGGUUUGGGGGCAAAUUGAUAUUCCAGGCAACAUGCGAGACAGCUCUGAUUAUCCGUUCAUUGGACAGUCUCAGGGACGAUUGUAUGCUUGGUCUAUAAAUGAUAAUAUUGAUGUUUGCCAACUUUCAGUUUGGGCUCUUGAGGAUUAUGGUGGUGCAAAGUGGGCCUUGAAGUAUACUGUUAACAUUUCAGAACUGUUUGGAAGGAAUUGUUGCAAAUAUGUGGAGCCCUUAGCAAUUCAUCCAGAUUGUGAUUUGAUUUUCCUUGCUGACCGGAGGGGGAAGGCUAUCUCAUAUGAUAUGGACAGCAAGAAAGUGCAUGUUAUUGGCACUUACCAAACAUUCAAUGGUGCUGUACCUUAUGUUCCAUGUUUUGCGGAAUGGCCGUCAGAUGGUCACUGACCUUGCUGGAACUAUAUUGUCUUCAUAAAUUUAGCCAUGGAGAAUAUGCAACACCUAGCAACAGCUUCCAGUGGCUAAUGCUUACUUGUAUGAAUGAGUCUAGGUAUUUGAUGUAUCGGCUGCAUCUAGUGCUAAUCAUUAUGGUCACCUGUUAGCUCUGGGUGUGGGGUAACUGUGAGGGUAUAUUAUCUAUGUUUGAAAUUGGUUGGACUUUCACCUCUUUAUUUUUCGUUUAAGACUGGAGAUGCUUAUCUCUUGUUGCAAGUACAUUUAUCUUUUAUGGACAACUUGUUAUCCAUCAGUUCGGAAUAUUGAUAUCGCCUUGUUCUUAUAUAUGCACAUGUUAAAGACUGGAGAUGCCUAUCUCUUGUACGUUUA